GAAUGGAACAGAUGAGAAAAAAAAGACACCGAUGACCCUAGCUCAGAAAUUGACCUUUGUUGGGAUCGCAAUUGCCUACAUGUCUGUGUUUACAUCAUUCUCUGUGCUUGCCCCUUUCUUUCCUUAUGAGGCACAGAAGAAAGGUGUAAACCCAACUGAAACAGGGCUUGUCUUUGGCAUUUUCUCUCUUGUCAGUUUCAUAGCAUGUCCGAUUUGUGGCAAAUAUCUUCCUGUCGUAGGAGGAAAAUUCAUGUUUCUGAGCGGGUCUUUUGUGGCUGCUGGAUGCAAUAUAUUGUUUGGGGUAUUGGAUAGGAUCGAUGAUAAGACCAUGUUCUUGACCUACUGUUUUGUAAUUCGUACGGUGGAAGCCCUUGGAUCGGCUGCUACUUUAACAGCAGGCAUGGCGAUCUGUUCCAAUGUUUAUCCAGAAAACGUUGCUCAAGUGAAUGGUUUUCUUGAGUUAUUUCUUGGUCUUGGAUUUGCAAUAGGUCCGCCUCUUGGUAGUUUAUUUUAUGGAAUUGGAGGCUACGAGCUUCCAUUCAUAGUCUUAGGCUGUACAUCUAUAGUGCUUACCAUCCUGAAUAUAUUCAUCAUACCAAGUACAUCAUCAUCGAGGGAAGAGGACGGUCGCCCGGGAUCCGUUCUAGAGGUACUGAAGAUACCUGCUGUGUGGCUGGUGCUUAUUACUGUUGCAUGGGGAAGUGCCAGCUAUGGGUUCUUUGAUCCAACCUUAGCUCUUCAUCUAACAUCUCCUCCACUGAGUAUUGAACCAUCCUUGGUUGGUGUGAUGUUCUUGAUGAUUGGAGGAACGUACGCCUUGUUUGCUCCUGUGUGGGGCUAUGUAGCAGACAAAACGAAAACCACUCGCCUCAUGAUGGCUUUAGGAAGCUAUUUCACUGGGAUUUCCUAUCUGUUGGUUGGUCCAAGCCCCCUUCUUAAUCUCCCAAGUCGGUUGUGGAUUGUCAUCGUAGCACUUGGAUUUCAAGGUUGCAUCUGUGGAAUUUGUAUCAUGCCAGCACUUCUAGAUCUAUUUUUAAGUGUCAAGUGGUAUGGGCACCCUGAUGAUCUUGCAACACAGUCUAUCAUAUCUGGACUCUUCAAUGCCGCUUAUUCCUUAGGGAGUUUUAUCGGACCAACAGCAGGAGGUGCCCUUGUUGAGCAGAUUGGAUUUGUUUGGACAUCAACAUAUAUUGCUGGUGGAUGUUUUGUCGUCAUGAUAAUGGUCUGUCUGUUUGGUGUGUGGGAGUUUCAAUGUGGAAAGGGGCGAAGAAAACCUAGCCACAUGAAGAAUGCUGCCAAUGGUGAACUUCCAGGUGACAGACAGAACAUUGUCAAUGCUUGAAUUGAGCUCAUGUUCCAGUAUUAUUAAAUUAUCCCAACUCCAGAAUGUAUUUGCCACUGCCAACUCAAUAAUUUGUUUUGUGUGUAUUAUCUGAGACUAGAUAUUAAAGCCUUACAGUACUUUACUCCUGCCAAAGCACAAGUAAAAUUCACUUUGUACUAAAAACAACCAAUAACUUGUAUUUAAGAUAUUAAAACAAAUCCUUUUCAAUGUUAUGCUCCAUUGUUGGAUGUAUAACAUAUAGAGGUUUUUGAGCCAUUGGGUCAUGAAUGAAUAAUUAAAUGUACAGUAUACAUAUCAAAUACUUUGUGGAGUAUAUUUAUAUAAUAUUGGAUGAGUCUAAGACGAGUCUAAUAUUGUCAUAUCGAGAACAAUAUAUUCUUCUAUCAGAACAAAACAAAGCCAUACAAUAUUAUUAUUAUCUAUAGCAGGCUGAAUAGCGAAAUAACAAAAUUUGACUCACCUUGGUAAAUAUGGCUUUGUUUGGUGAUAUCAAUAUU